UAGGGUUUUAGGGUUCCAAGGGAGGGAAGAUGAUCGAUUGUAGUGCCGCGCCCGUGGCGGUCUUCUUGGCCGUCUUGAUCCUGCAGCUCGCAAUGCAAUUCCUCCACCAGGCGAGCAAAUCGAGCCAGCAAGAAGCUAGGGUCGUGUCUGAGAUAAGGAGUUUGCUUCGGGAAGCGAAUGCCUUGGCAGGGCCAUCGACCUUCGCUCAAUCUGCCAAGCUAAGGCGCGCGGCCAAUGCGAAAGAGAAGGAGCUCUCGCAGAUAAGGAUAGAGGCCAAGGGAAAGAAUGCGUCGACAAAAUUGGUGCUCUUCGUCGUGAAGGCCUGCUUCUACUGCGCUUUUGUCUGGUGGUUUUGGCAAACUCCCGUGGCAUCGGUACCAGCGCAUCUCGUGCAACCCUUUGGAAAAGUUUUGAGUUUCCCAUCCAAGGUUUCGGAGGCACAGUCGCUUGUACAGAUUGGUAUUCUCCCCUGGCUUGUGCUAAGCACACGCGUGAGCUUGUCUAUAGCGAACGCUGUUCUCAAGUAACGGUGUCAAGAGGUGUAUAAAUUUCGGAAGAACAUAGAAGAAAAAAUCAGCUUUUCUGA